GCCGCUUGACAGCGCGCAGAGAGGCGGGGGAUUGCGAACACACUCCGACUAACUGGAGCUCUGCUGCGGGAAUGUGUUGGAGCAGCCGACGCUGAAAUAGGUGGGAAAAGUUGCUCCUAACUACCUCUUCGGUCGACGCAGAACGCAGAGAGACGCCGCUGGAGUUUUAAAAGCCAAUAGUUCCUCACCCCCCUCCCCUCCCCCAGUCGGACAUGAGGAGCCCCCCCAGGCCUGGGUCGCUGAGCAGCUGAGGUCAGAUUUCAAGUGUUCCAGCAGUCAUGGCUGACAGGGAGGGGCUGCCCAUGGCCCCGGGCCAGAUCUUCAUCGAGGUGGAGUACGACUACGAGUAUAAGGCCAAGGACAAGACGGUGGUCAUCCGCCAGGGGGAGUGCUACGUGCUGGUGAAGAAGACCAACGAGGACUGGUGGCAGGUCAGGAAGGAGGAGGGCACAAAGGCCUUUUACGUGCCGGCGCAGUACGUCAGGGAGGUGCGCCGGGCGCUCAUGCCCCCGCAGAAGCCCACCUUGAGGGCCAAGCCCACCGUUUUGGAUAUCUGCCGGGCAUCCAACGAAAACCUCAACAGACCCCAGCCUGAAAUGUCCAGCUUUGGGCGGCCGUCGCCGUCCUCCACCCCGUCGCCGUCCUCUGAUCGCGUCACGCCGCCGGUUCAGUCCAAGGAUGCCAACCAGAACCUGGGCAGUCCCCAUCACUGCAAGGUGGUAGCCGAGCUGGUACUUCUUCACAACAACAACAACCACCACCACGCCAACAAUUCCACGUUGCCAAGGACACGGGCCGACUCGCCUCCGCUCAAAGUCGGGGACAACCACAACAAAAGUCCAGACGGCGACAAGGCGCCCCCACCCAGCGACCUGCCGGGAGACCGGCUGAACAAGCUCCACAACGACUCGGAGUCUGGGGACGAGCUGAGCAGCAGCUCAACGGAGCACAUGCAGACAACAUCACCUACAGGUCCGGGCCGGUCCGACUCGCCCGUCUACACCAACCUGCAGGAGCUGAAGAUCUCUCAGUCCAGCUUGCCGCCCGUCCCCUCCACCUCCCCUCUCCACAUCUUGGGCGACUGGGAGACCCACAAAGACCUGAGUGGCAGGCAUUUCUACUACAACCGCGCCAGCGGAGAGCGGACCUGGAAGCCCCCGCGCACCAGGGACGCCAGCGGCAGCACCAGCAGUAUCCGAGGAGACAGCCAGGGCACAGCGGAGAGUGAGCCGCUGUCCUCUGAGGAAAACUGUCCCAGCACCAACUCGAGUCAGUCAGACAGCCAGUACGGGUCCUCCCCAAGAGGCUGGUCUGAGGAGCUGGAUGAACAUGGACACACUCUCUACGUCUCGGAAUACACACAGGAGAAGUGGAUAAAACAUGUGGAUGAACAAGGUCGGCCCUACUACUACAGCGCCGAUGGAUCCAGGUCAGAAUGGGAACUGCCCAAGUACAACAUGUCCCCUCAGUCCGGCGAGGUUCCCAAGAGUCGCAGUCUGGAGAGGAAGCAGCAGGAUCCCAUCGUCCUCACCAAGUGGAGACACAGCACCUACGUCUUAGACCUCAACGACAAGGAGUGUGCUCCGGUGCCCAAGCAGAGCUCUCCAGACUCUGACUCCUGCCCCUCAUCUCCUAAGCACCCCUCGACCCCCUCGGAGAAGUGUGGAGUCCUCAAUGUCACCAAAAUCACAGAGAAUGGAAAGAAAGUCAGGAAGAACUGGACCUCCUCGUGGACAGUGCUGCAGGGUUCCUCCCUGCUCUUCGCAAAGGGUCAGGGGGCCAGCACCAGCUGGUUUGGGAGCAACCAGUCGAAGCCCGAGUUCACUGUUGAUCUGCGAGGGGGGGCGGUGGAUUGGGCAUCCAAGGACAAGUCCAGCAAGAAACACGUCAUCGAGCUGAAGACUCGUCAAGGGACAGAGCUGCUGAUCCAGUCAGAGAUCGACAGCGUCAUCAACGACUGGUACCGGGCCCUCACAGAGACCAUCAGCACACAUGCCUGGGAGUCAGACGAGGCCAUUGAGGAGGACAUGCCCGAGUCUCCAGGAGCUGAGAAACAGGACAAGGAGAAAGACCACCGGGACUCCAAGAAGAACAGAGUGAUGAAGACGUCUGUGAGUAUGGACUCAUCAGACCAGAAGAAAACCAGGUUGAAGCUCAAGAAGUUCCUGACCCGUCGACCCACCUAUCAGGCUGUCCGAGACAAGGGAUACAUCAAAGAUCAGGUGUUUGGCUGCAGCCUGAGCAGUCUGUGCCAGCGGGAGAACACAUCAGUACCCAACUUUGUCACCAUGUGCAUCGACCAUGUGGAGAACACAGGUCUCAGUAUUGACGGCUUAUACAGAGUGAGCGGGAACCUGGCAGUGAUCCAGAAGCUCCGCUUUGCUGUAAAUCAUGAUGAGAAGGUGGAUCUGAACGACAGUAAGUGGGAGGACAUCCAUGUCACCACGGGAGCUCUCAAGAUGUUCUUCAGGGAGCUUCCCGAGCCUCUCUUCACAUACGGGUCCUUUGACGACUUUGUUGACGCCAUCAAAUGCUCUGACUACAAGCAGCGAGUGAAUUCAAUCAAAGACUUGAUAAAGAAGUUGCCAAAACCCAACCACGACACAAUGCAAGGCCUCUUUAAACACCUGCGGAGGGUGAUUGACCACGGGGAGGCCAACCGCAUGACCACCCAGAGCGUGGCCAUCGUGUUUGGACCCACGCUGCUCCGGCCCGAGACUGAGACGGGCAACAUCGCGGUCCACAUGGUCUACCAGAACCAGAUAGUGGAGCUCAUACUGCUCGAGUAUGAAAGCAUCUUCGGCAGGUAGAAGGCACCCACUCAAAAUAGGGAUGCUGGGCUUUUUCAAAACACAGACUUCUCUCUCUCUCUCUCUCUCUCUCUCUCUCUCUCUCUCUCUCUCUCUCUCUCUCUCUCUCUCUCUCUCUCUCUUUUAUUUCUUUCUCUCUUUUCUUUGACUGAACUGAACAUUGCUGUGGACCAAGCAGUCGUGGGAGAAAAAUCUAAUUUAACCUUUAUUGACAGGACAGUUUAUGGAAGUGUUGCACUUAUAGGUUUGGAGAUAAAAAAAACAAAAGAAAAAAAGAAAAGGUGUACAGAUUUCACCCGCUUUUUCAGUUGCCAUUCCUGCUGCGAGUAGCAGGCCGGACAAUGGACAGCGUUUGAGAGUGAUGACGUGUGGACGUCCGUGUGAUUUGGUGGAUUCAAGCAUUCAGGUGUGUUCACAUACACUGGAUCCCUGUGGCCAGUAAAUUUCCAACUGUGGAACUCUUCGCCUUGUGGUGGAAGCCGAACAGACUGCAUUGGCGUUAACCAGCCCAAACCGGCAACCUCAUCACCUCGCCGAAGGAUACGAGCUGAAUCUGAACCGAAGAGGUUCUUCUGUGUCGUGGAGCUUUGUCUGUGGUGUACAAGCCCUGUGUGGUUAUGGAUCAGGUGGGGAAAAAAAAUAAUAAUCAGUGUUAUGUUAACAGACUGUCUUUUGGCACUUGGAUGAACUGGAUCGUGUUCCCAACUUACCUUAGCGACACCAUCACCACCCCUCCCUCACCCCCCACACUCUUCCCACCCCCCACCCCCACCCUUUUACCAGUGUUAACCAUUAACCCUGUGACAUGAGCGUCCUGUGACUUGAAUGAUGGAGGACAAGCCCUGUGUGUGUGUGUGUGUGUGUGUGUGUGUGUGUGUGUGUGUGUGUGUGUGUGUGUGUG